GGGGCAGUGUCCUGAGGUAGUGCUUCCGGGCCGCUGUCUGGGUCGCCUCCGCGACGGUAUCAGUGGAAGCCGUGCGGGCGGUAUUCCGUGAGUCGGGCCGCUGCGCAGCGGCCCGUGCAGCCCCACCGUCGAGGCUGCGAAGACCCCGUGCAGCUCAACAGGAGGACCCAGGACCCCUGCAGCCUCAGCCCCAUGACUCGGGGCUUCCAGCCCGUGCCUCCUUUGCAGGCUUGCGCUUUCCGCCCUCGAAGUCCUCGCUCCAGGCUGCGCCUCCUGCGUCGGAGCACCGCUGCAGGCCGCCUGGUCACUCUCGCUUCUGACUGUCCGCAGGCCUGGGCAGCAUGGCCGUGUUCCGCUCGGGCCUCCUGGUGCUGACAGCGCCGCUGGCCACCCUGGUCCCGCGCCUGGCUCCCAUCCUGACCUCCGCAUCCCGCCUGGUGAAUCACACCCUUUAUGUGCACCUGCAGCCGGGCAUGAGCCUGGGGGGCCCCGCUCAGCCCCAGGCUAGCCCCGUGCAGGCCACGUUUGAGGUUCUGGAUUUCAUCACGCACCUCUACGCUGGCGCUGACCUGCACAGGCACCUGGAUAUCCGAAUUCUGCUGACCAAUCUCCAAACCAAGAACACCUUUCUCCCUACACUGCCCAGUUCGGUCCAGAAUCUGGCCCACCCUCCAGAAGUGGUGCUGACGGACUUCCAGACCCUGGACGGGAGCCAGUACAAUCCUGUUAAGCAACAGCUAGAGCGUUAUGCCACCAGCUGUUACAGCUGUUCCCCACAGUUGUCUUCUGUGCUGCUAUACCCCGAUUAUGGGACUGGAGAGCUGCCAGCGGAGCCCCAGAAUGUCCCCUUGCCUUCCACCAUCAGACCAGCUUCCCCCGUUGCCAGAUCUCCAAAUCAGCCUGUUUGUGGUUACCACCGUGGGGCUGUGGGUGGCACGUUUGACCGCUUGCACAAUGCCCACAAAGUGUUGCUCAGUGUUGCAUGUGUGCUGGCCCAGGAGCAGCUUGUGGUGGGAGUAGCAGACAAAGACCUAUUGAAGAGCAAGCUGCUCCCUGAGCUGCUCCAGCCUUAUGCAGAGCGUGUGGAACAUCUGAGUGAGUUCCUGGUGGACAUCAAGCCCUCCCUGACUUUUGAAGUCGUCCCCCUGCUGGACCCCUAUGGGCCGGCUGGCUCUGACCCCUCCCUGGAGUUCCUGGUGGUCAGCGAGGAGACCUAUCGUGGGGGGAUGGCUGUCAACCGCUUCCGCCUUGAACAUGGCAAGGAGGAGCUUGCCUUGUACCAGAUUCAGCUGCUAAAGGACCACAGUCACAAUGAAAAUGAAGAAGACAAAGUCAGCUCCUCCAGCCUCCGACAGCGCCUUCUGGGAAACCUCCUUCGGUCUCCAAAUGAGAGGCCAGAGCUCCCACCAGGUCUUUAUGUGCUUGGGCUGACUGGCAUCAGUGGCUCUGGGAAGAGCUCAGUGGCUCAGCUACUGAAGAGCCUAGGAGCAUUUAUCAUUGACAGUGACCACUUGGGCCAUCGGGCCUAUGCCCCUGGAGGCCCCGCCUACGAGCCUGUGGUGGAGGCCUUUGGAACAGAUAUUCUCCAUAAAGAUGGCACCAUCAACAGGAAGGUCCUAGGCAGCCGGGUAUUUGGGAGCAAGAAGCAGCUGAAGAUCCUCACAGAUAUUAUGUGGCCAGUUAUCGCAAAGCUGGCCCGAAAGGAGAUGGAUCUGGCUGUGGCUAAGGGAACGACUGUGUGUGUGAUUGAUGCUGCCAUGCUGCUUGAAGCCGGCUGGCAGAACAUGGUACAUGAGGUGUGGACCAUUGUCAUCCCUGAGAGUGAGGCUGUACGACGCAUUGUGGAGAGGGAUGGCCUGAGUGAGGCUGCCGCUCAGAGCCGGCUUCAGAGCCAGAUGAAUGGGCAGCAGCUUGUGGAACAGAGCCAUGUGGUUCUGAGCACCUUGUGGGAACCACAUGUCACUCAAGGCCAGGUGGAAAAAGCCUGGAAUCUUCUACAGAAGCGCAUCACCAAGACUCAUCAAACCCAGGACUGACAAUGAGUUUUCUGUGAAGCCAAGUUGGCCCCUGGAGCUGACAGACCCAGUGGUGAGGACAGGGUCCUUCGUGCUCACCCUGUCUCAGGCCUAGAGGGCUUCAAGCUAAACUGUGCAGGACACAGCUAGGCCUGGAAGCCUGCCUAGUAUGCUGGCAUUUUACCAGCAGUGAGGAUGUGGCUGAUGGGGGAGCAGGCCCCUCUAGGGUUUCAAUCCUUUCUUGGGUGGUGGAUGUCUCAUGCACUGUUGAUGGGUCAUGAUAAACACUGGAACUUGGAAUUAAAGAUGAUUGUUUCAAGUGUGAA